GAGGGUCGAUGUUGGUCGGUGGUUCCGUCGCAGCUUUGGAGCUAGGGGGCCCUACCUUUGUCCAAUGACGCCAAGAUGAACUGCUCUGAUUCGCGGGAGCAUUUGCGGCAAAGACAUUCCGAUUGACCCUGGAAAUCUCCAGCCUGGGGCCCCUUAACGCCUUAUGUCCCAGCUGGUAAAGAGGCCCAUCAUAGGUGUUUCGAGGCACCACAGUUGCAACAUUGACAUCUUGGCGGCCAUCUGAGAACAGAACAAUUGCAGUGGACGGAAAGGCCAUCGACGAUGCUCGCUUUGAAUUCUGUUCUUGUUUGAAAUAAUAGCUUCAGCACUUUAGCUCUCAGCGCGACGACUGUCUCGUACCACGAUGCGCAUUGCUUCUUACCACAAUGGACGAUCCAUGGGGCUCGCCUUGGGCGUCCUCCGACGCGGCAACGACGCAGAAUGAGCAUCCUACACCGUCGCCUCCCAAGAAUUUACUGAGCCCUCCACCCAAAGCCUUCUUUGGAGGACUCUCGAACCUGACGAACCACUCCCUAUGGACCGGCGACGAUGGCUUAAGAGUGUGGACGGGCGCGGAACAGGCGGAACAGACAGCAACAUCCCCAGGAUGGGGUGCAUGGGGAGAUUUCGGCUCGCACUCUCCCCAAUUGAAUCUCAGGGCCGACUCGCCAGGGAAAGCGAGCCCGAUUGCAUGGCCCGGCAGCGCUGCAACCUCUCCUGGCCUGAGGCCUGCCGAGCGAUCGCGCGCGUCCUCUAUAUUUCGCAGCGUCUCGCCCGAUCCGUGGGCUGCGGGCUCUCUUUGGAAUGAUAAAACGGACGAGCCGUCGCCAGUCUACCCAAAGAGCGGGAGUAUACCAAUUGACGAAUAUGAGUUUGGGGUAGUUGAGCCAUCCGAGCCCCAAAACGCACUUGUUAUCCACGUGGACGAGCCCGAGCUUGCCAAACAAAGCGAAGGGAGUGUCGCGGUUCCUUCAGGCGAAGGGCAAGGGAAGCAGGUGCCACGUGGAAUAGCUUGGGAUGAGCCCCCAGUGGCUUCGUCUGAACUACGUCAGGUCCAUACAGAAUCAGUCGCUGGGGUAGAGCACCGCGACAGUCCAUCCCGACCGUCUUCUACGUUCUCCGCGAAUAGCGAGCAUGGACCCGACCGCCAAGACUCUCCUAUCACAUCGAUCGACGAAGAUCCCAAAUUCCGGCCUCACGUCCGGAGGAAGGUGUCUACGAGGGUGUUGGAACUCGUGGACAAAUUCGAUGGAAUGGCACGCGCUGCCUCGGAAGAACCGCCUGCGCAAAGUUCAACAACCAUUGAGAGCCGUGGAAGAUCCUCAAGCAGGGUCAUAGCGGCUGAACCCCAGCAUUCUACGGAUUUUGGGGAUCUCAAGGAUGCUGACCCAGCAUGUGAACGGCCACGUCAAAUGUCUACUACCUCUACCUCAUCCAAUGGCUCAAUGACUCCCAAGACUAGGCGUGAGGGUCUCGUGGACUUCGCGUCCAAGGCCGACACAAGCCUUAUUAAAGCUCCUAUCCCGACGGGGCCGUCUAUACCCGUCCAGCAGCUUAUUGACAAGUUUGGCCCCAUCAAGUUCGAAAUUGACUUGCAAGCCAUCGAUAAGCUAUUCCCUGACUCCCCGCAGGUCCAUGAUGAUGAGGGACCGGAUCUCGGUGGGGUUUCAGACCGCAUCAUCUUUGACAGCUUUACCACAAUUGAAGAACGGAAGGCCUGGUAUCGCAUUUCCCGGUAUGGGUCCAUGCGAAAACAUAAUUCUGGGGAGGAGGAGAAUUAUCACCGGGUGGCUUGGCGGACCUCCAACCUUCACGAUGACACAAUUCGUGUUGUUCGGCGGUGGAUGGAAGAAGACUCCUUUUCCGGCAAAGCGAUGUUGGGGAACAAACGUACCAGCACCUUCAACUGGGACUCCACAGCAGCCCCUGUCGAGUUGGACAAAAUAUUUGGACGCAAGCAGUCGUUCCAUUCAAGGGCAGAUUCAAAUGCUUCGACGCACCCACCAAAACAACAACCAAGGUCUUCCGGCAGCAUCGAUGAGCGACAUGAAUCAGCGGGGCGCAUCACUUCUCUUCCACCCCCCGCCGCUACCGUUGCAAGUUUUGGAUGGAGUUCGACUGCCGUUAAACAACCUUCGGCUAAGCAAUCCGCUGCUCGAGACAUCCAGCAGCUUGCGAAACUACCCAAACCGCCACAGUAUACCCCGUCGCUGGGCGACGCUGCAUCAAAAAUUGUCCCGAAACCACCGGAUGCCCAACCUCCUAUGUCAGUUACAGGGACUACAAGGCCCGAGGAUGAUGAGGAUGAUGACUGGGGAGAAAUGGUCUCAUCACCUAUUAAUGAAGCACCCGUCACGAUCAGUCGUGCAUUCACAGUGGAGAGUAAGUAUUUGGAUUCUCCAGAGCCAAGCUUGGACAUUCAUACACCACAGUCUGUUGAGCAUGAAUCACCUGCAACUGCCAGAGCUUCAUUGAGCAUUGACAGUAUUAUUGCCACACCGAACCCGACCGCGGCCUCCAAACCAGAUAGUCAGCUCUCGCAGCAGACGCCCAGUAUCGCACCUGCCCCUCAACUGGUGUCCACAAAUCCAGAUCCCUGGGCAUCUGCGGACUUUUCUUUGUUCAAGGAUAUAGCGGCGACCUCAACACAAUCUGCAACAUCGACCGAACGACAAACAUCCACGUUAUCAACCGACCCUUCGCUACCUUCACAGAAACCCACAAGUCCAAUGCCUGACAAGGCUCCACCCGCAACCAGAGUCUCUCUUAGCCCGGUGCAGCCAUCCCAAGACGGGGAACAGGAACAACUUGUACGAGACAUUAUAGCCAGACUACCCGACCUGACAUAUAUGCUACGAUAAACCGUGCAUAGUUUCAUCCUAUGUAAUAUUUCUUGUUUAUCAUAUAAUGUCGGCACGGCGGGUGCCUGGGAUUAGGACCAAUUUAUAUGGGAAUGGAAAUUGGAUUUGAACACUGCAAAAAGCAAGCGAGCAUUCCAGUUGGCGUUCGAGGGAUUUGGGUUUGGUUUUCGGGGUUUCCUUUGCGUAGAAAAAAUAGCCUUGAAAAUGUGACCUCAGAUGUAAAGAUAGAAGCAAACGCACCGUCUGUGAUCUUAACUUGUGGCAAUUUUUGAAUCAUGCCCUGAGCUCCUUGCAUUCCAGAAGGGGGAGGCUCUGCCAGGCUUCAGUCCAUGUUGGCCUGUGCAAUACAAGCACCAGCUCAUUGAAUUGAGAUGGAGGUCAAUUCACACAUACUUCAAGUCACUUCGCAAAGUACUUGAUUCUAUCUUGACUCAAGCCCGUAC